AUGAAAGAUCCUUUAAAAAAGAAAGAAAAGGAAAAAGGCUAUUAUAGCUGUUUAGAUUUUGAUAAUUUGUAUAAAAAAAAAAAAAAAAAAAAAUUAAAGUAUUCUAUUAAGAGAGACAAGAAUUUAAGUGACACAGAAUUAUAUGAGAAGAACAAAUUGGUUCUACGAAAAAAGAAUAAUCAUGCAUAUAUUUCAAAACAUAAUAUAUUAAGAAAAAAGAAAGAUGAAGAGAAAUUAUGUUUGUUUAAUAAUGUAACAAUAUAUAAAGAUUAUUUUGAUAAAGGUGAUGAUAAGAAUGAUGAUAAAUUAAGAAACUUAAAAAAAAUUUUAAGAAUAUAUGAAAAUGUGUCAACAAAUGAAAAAAAGAAAUUAUAUGAAUUAAUAAAAUUCUUUUCUUUUUCUGAAGGAGGUUUUCAAAAUAAUAAAUUACGACAGAAGGUGUGGUUAUUAUUAUUAGGAUUUAAUAUAAAUAUAUCGAAAGAGAAAAAUUAUAAUGAACAUCCAAUAUCUAUAUUAUGUAGAAAUCAAAAGAAAAAAUUUAAAUAUCAUGAUAAUUCGAUAACAUAUUUUAAAUUAAAAUGGAAAAGAAAAAAAGAUAGUCAAUAUAACCAUAAGAAUAAUAAUUAUUAUUAUUUUAAUGGUGGAAAAAAUAAGAAAAUUAAAGAAAGGGAAAGGAUAAAUAAAAGGAGCAAAAUUGAAAAAAAAAAUAAAAAGAAGAAAUAUAUUUUGAUGAAAAAUAAUACGGAUGAUAAUAAUAAUAUAAAUGAUAAUUAUAAAAAUGAUGAUAAUAAUAUAGAUAAUAAUCAUAAUGAUGAUAAUUAUCAUAAUGAUGAUAAUUAUCAUAAUGAUGAUAAUUAUCAUAAUGAUCAUGGUGUCCAUGAUUCUUUUUGUAUUAAUAAUUCAAACUAUUCAGGUCCUUCUAAUUCGUCAGUUAUUUCUUUUUCUUCAUAUAAUUCAUGUAAUUCGUAUAAUUCACACUCUACUUUAUCAUUUGAAUCAAUUUCUCACAAUUCACUUAAUUCUUCGAAUUAUUCUUUAUAUCCAUCCACAUCAUCCAUUUUGUCGUGUACAUCUGAUUCUCCUCUUUCUUCUUCUUCUUCUUCAUCUUCUUCCGUGUGUUCGUUUGUUUCCAAUUUUUCAAAUAAUCUUCAGAACGUUAAUGAUCAGAUACGUGUUAUAAAAUCAAAAGGGGGAGAGGAAAAAUCAGGAAGAGGUGAAAGAAGAAUAAAUAGAAAAAGAGGAAGGAGAAAAAAAAGAUGCCCUCUACAUUUUUUCUCAGCUCGAGAUUCAUAUGAAAUUGGAGCAUGUGAACAUACAAAGCGUUCCGAUAGUUAUUAUGCUAAAAAAGAAAAUUCGUUAUUCUCAAAUGUUUUUUUUUUUUAUAAAAAAAAUAAAAGAAAUAGAAGAGGGAGAUCUGGAUGUUUGUAUGAUGUAAAUAAAAGAGCAAAGAAAUGCAUUAAGAAAGAAACGAAAAGAAUUAUACAUUCCAUAUUGAGUAUUGAUAAAGAUAAAGAAAAUUUUGAUAAGAAAAAGAAUAGGAAGUUUUUAAUAAAAUUGUUAAAAAUAAUUUAUAAGAAUUUAUUAGAAAUAGAUUUAUAUAUAGUAGAUUAUAUUAUGAGAAAAGAUGAAUUAAAAGAAGGCAAAAGUGAUAUUUUAACUUAUUUAAAAUAUAAUAUAAAAAAUAAUUAUAAUAUGAAUUCAGAUAUGAGAAGAUGGAUAAUUGAUAGUGUAUUAUUAGAUGAGAAUGAUAGAAUACAAGUUAAAAAAGAUGUAAAAAGAAGUGUAAAUACAUGGAAUGUUCAUAAAUCUAUUAUAUAUGAAAUAAAAAAGACAUAUCAAUAUAUAUUAAAAAAUAUUAUAUGUAGUAUAUUAUAUAAACAUUCUAAUAAAAUAUAUUAUGCUCAAGGUGUUCAUGAUGUAUGUUUAGUUUUUAUAACAUUAUAUUUUCAUAAAUUUUUUUUAAGAUAUAAAAAAUAUGUAUUCUUAGAACAUUUUAUAUCACGAUAUGUUGUUAAUAAAAUAUGUAGUUGUAUAUAUUCAAAAAAAAAAAAACGGGGGAUAGGAAAAAAAGAAGUGCCUUUUGUUUUUGACAAUUCUUCUUCUGAUGUGUUAUCAGAAGAUAUGUAUAUAAAAAAGUAUAGUUUGUGUAAGAAAAAGGAGGUGCAUGUUGAUAUGGCAUCUGGUAUUGACAAUAUGAAUGAUAAGAUGUAUAAUGAGACUAAUGAUGAUGAUGUUAAUAAUAAUUUGUUGCACGUAAGGAAAAACGUGCCAAAUAUUGAGAAGGUAUUAGAUAAUAAUAAUAGUAAUAAUAAUAAUAAUAAUGAUAGUAAUAAUAAUGAUAGUAAUAAUAAUAGUAAUAAUAAUAAUAACUUAUCAGAAAUAGUGCAUAAUAAUUUUUUAAAUUUUGAAAAUUUUGAAGAGUUCGAAAAUUAUUUUAAGAAAGGAGAUAAUAAUAUUGUUAAUAUUCAUUCAAAUGAUAAUGUAUAUAAUAAUUGUUUAAAAAGGAAAAAAGGAAAUAUAUAUUUAUAUGAUAUAUUUGAAGAUAAUAUUAGUAAUAUGUUUGCAAUGGAAGAAGAAUAUAUUGAAAAAAUAUGUUUACUUAAGAAUAUAAAUUUAAAUAAAUAUAUAAAAUAUAAAAAGAAGAAGAAGAAAAAAGAAUAUAUAGUAUAUUUAUUAUGUGAACGAUUUUUAUUAUUUUAUAUGAUUGAUUAUUUAACAUUAUCAUUAGAUAUAUCAAUUAAGAAUACAUUUAAAAGUAUCGGUUUAUUAUUAAAAUAUUUAGAUAAUGAGGUAUAUAAUGUUUUUUGUUUAUUACAGAAAGAACAAGAAGGUGAAAAUAUGAAAUAUAAUAAUAAGAAUUAUAAAAAAAAUUGUGAUAAGAAAAAUUCAAGAAAUAGUUCUUUAAAAUUAAGUGGUACAGAAUUUUUUUUUUGUUUAAGUUGGGUGGUUACAUAUUAUUCUCAUGUAUUAACUGAGUUUGAUAAAUUAGCUCGAAUUUUUGAUACCUUAUUAUCAAAUAAUGGUAUAUUUAUAAUAUAUUUUACAAGUGCCAUCAUAUUAUAUAAAAAAGAAGAAUUAUUAAAGAUAGCUAAUAAAAAAAAAAAGGAUCAAGGAUAUAAUAAUUUAUAUUCAGAAACACAUUAUAUAUUUCAGAAUAUGAAAUGGAAAGAUAUAAAUGUGGAAAAUAUUAUAAAGAAAACAUAUUAUUAUAUGAAUUAUAAAAUUCCUUUUGAUACCUUUUUAAAUAAAAUAAAAAAAAAAAUCUCCUUCCCACCAUUUUCACCCAUAUAUAGUUAUCCUUUUAUUCUUCAUCAUUUUGAUUAUGAAACAAAACAAGAGGAAUUGAAAAAUAUGACAGUAGAGAAGUCGAUUUUGAAUUUUUAUACUUAUAAGAAUAAGGAGUUUAAUAAUAUACAAAAUUGUGAAUUGAAUGAUAUUACUUUGAAGGAUAAUUCUGUGAAGGAUAUUUCUAUGAAGGAUAUUUCUGCUGGUCUCAUGAGUGAUGUAGCAUCUUUAAAUAAUAAUAAUAAUAAUACAAAUGAAAUAAAAAUAAAGGAAUCAAAUAAGAAAAAUAGUUUCAAUAGUGAUAAUAAUAAUAUAAGAAAUAAUAUAUCUAAUGAUUGUGUUAAUAAUAUUGAUCGUAAUAGCGCAUAUUAUAAUAUAUUGAGGGAAGAAAAAUAUAAUAAAAAAAAAAAGAAUAAUAUCAGCAACAACAAUAAUAAUAAAGAUAAUGAAAGUGUUAGUAGUUUUAAGGUGGAUGAAGUUGAUAAUAGUAAAUAUAUGAGCGAUUUAGAAAUUAAUAAUAAUAACAUGAAUGAUAAUAAUAUAAAUAUUAAUAUCAAUAGUAAUAAUAUCAAUAGUAAUAAUAUCAAUAGUAAUAAUAUCAAUUUUAAUAAUUCCUAUAAUAUGAAAAUUGAAUUAAGUAAUAUGAAAAGGUAUGAUAAAUAUAUCGAUCAUAUAUUAAAUGAUGAAAAAAAAGAUAUAGAUAAAAAAGACAGGAAUGAUGAUAUAUAUUUUAAUAAUAAUUGUUGUAAGGAUAAUAAUAUUUAUUUAUAUUAUCCAUAUUCCAUUUUAUGUAAUAAUUUAGAUUUAAAUAAUAAUAUAUUAAAAAAGCAUUUACUGGUGGAACAUUUUUUUAAAUAUGUACUUUAUGAUUUUAUUUUAAAUUAUGAAGGGAUUUGUAAAAAUUAUCAAAUGGCAUCUCAAAAAAUUUGGUAUACUAUUAAAUAUGUACAUGUAAGAAGUGAAAAAGAAGUUAUUAUUUAUAAAAGAAGAAAAGAAAAAGAAAAAAAAAAAUGUGAAAAGAUAUUUCAUAAAAUGACUAGACAUGUAAUGUUAUUAUAUAUACAUAAAUAUAAUAAAAAGAAAAAGAAAAAAUAUAUUUAUAUGAAUUUUUUAAGAAAACAUAAAAAAAGUUGUUUAUCAUUUAAUCAUUUUAUAAGUAACAAGAUGAAAAUGAAGACAAACAAUAAAAUUAAAAGAAACCAUAGUUAUAAAAAUAAAAAUAAUCAUAAAAAUAAUCAUAAAAAUAAUAAUAUUAAUAUUAGUAAUAAUAAAGCUAGAGCUAUCAUACCACCCAUUUAUAAAUAUGUUAUUCAAAAUAGUAAUGUUAUAAAAAAUGAUGUGUCUUGUAAAAAGGCAAAAAUUAAUAAUCCAUCAUCAAAUACAAAAGAAAAUAAUAAAAAGAAAAUUUUUGAACACAUUUUUUAUCUUAUUAAAAUGUCUAUGCAUAAUUCUCCAUAUGUUCAUUUCUUUUUAAUCUUUUUUUUAAUCACCUUAUUUACAUCCAUAUUUUAUUAUCGUCGAUAG